UUUAUACAUACUGGGAUAAACUAAUUAUCAUCAUUCUCAGUUAAUAUGGGUCAUGUCAUCAAAAUUCUCCACACGACCUUCGGACUUUUUGGAAAUGUUUUUGGUAUAUUACUCUUCUUGGCGCCCUUGAUUACAUUCAAAAGGAUUAUUAUGAAGAGAUCAACAGAGAAAUUUUCGGGUGUGCCAUAUUUAAUGAGUCUGUUCAACUGCUUGUUCUCAGCUUGGUAUGGUCUGCCUUUUGUGUCAGCGAACAACACGUUGUUAACAGUUCUGGCUUCUAUAGGUGGUGGGUUGGAGGCAAUCUAUGUGUUAAUUUUCCUCAUAUUUGCACCCAAGAGGGAGAAGAUUAAGAUGUCUGGAACUCUAUUUGUGGUGCUUUCCAUAUUUUCAAUCGUGGCUUUGGUCUCUGUGUUAACACUCCAUGGCAAUAAAAGAAAGCUCCUUUGUGGCUUAGCUUUUGCUAUUACCUGUAUUAUGAUGUUUGCUGCUCCUCUUACUGUUAUGAGGCAAGUGAUCAAAUCUAAAAGUGUAGAGUACAUGCCAUUCUUCUUGUCACUAUCUGUAUUCAACUCUAGUACCUCAUGGGCAAUCUACGGCUUGCUUGGGAAGGACCCCUUCAUUAUUGUACCAAAUGCAAUUGGAACUUUAUUAGGAUCGGUGCAGUUGAUUUUAUAUGCAAUUUAUCGCGAUAACAAAGGGGAAGGCAAGAAAGACGAAAUGAACGGUUCAAUCGAAACAGGGCUUGGAAAAUUCCAAGAAAAGAAGCUAGAUUGCGUCGAAAAUGAGAUGCAGAAAAAUAUAACUGAGAAAAAUAUGGAAGCAAAUAAGAUGGAUUAUGAACUAUAGCUGGAGGAGGGUGUAUUUGAGCGAACUUGUUGUAGUUAGAUUCAUUGAUGCAGUUAGCAAGGUGUUUAUUGUAUUUGCAAUUAAGAGCAUUUUAGUGGCUGGUGUUACAAUGAAACAUUUAAGCCACCAAUUAUAUAUGUAUAAAUCAUAAUAGGAGUAUCCCUAAAUCAGUCACAAAUCAUCAAAUCAAUUUGCAAUUUCAGCUUA